CACACACACACAGAGACACACACACAGCCUCCUUGUUGUCUUCCAUGGUUCCACCAUUCCAGACUGAAGAACUGCCUCUCAACGAGAAUGAUUCACAGGACAUGGUCAUCUACCACGUCCUGAACGAGGCCAUGUCCCAAAACAACUCGUCCCUCCCGCAUCCGAACCGAUCCGGGCCCGUGCCGGGCGGCGGCUCCCUCUCGCCGUCCCGGGGCAUCGCGAAGAAGCACUACCGAGGGGUCCGGCGCCGCCCGUGGGGGAAGUACGCGGCCGAGAUCCGCGACUCGGCGCGCCACGGGGCCCGGGUGUGGCUCGGGACGUUCGAGACGGCGGAGGAGGCGGCGCUGGCUUAUGACCGGGCGGCGUUCCAGAUGCGCGGCGCCAAGGCCCUGCUCAAUUUCCCGGCGGAAGUGGUGGCCGGGUCGAUGCCGAUGGAGAGGUACCACCCGAGCCAGAGCCGGACCUCCUCCGGCUCAGCCAAUUCGGACAGGAGAGGCGAGGCGCAUCCGUCGGAUUCGGAGGUUGGCGUCGCCGCCGGAGGAGCAUCCCGGGAUGUGGCCACGGACCACCUUGAGAAGGUGCUGGAUGUGUUCUGAGAGGUUGAGCGUCUCUGGUCACUCGCGACUCUUGCGUGUAACCUGUGCCAGGGACUAUGGGAGAAAAGGUUUAAUUUAUUUUCUUGCGACUUAGGAUCAUUUUUUUUUUUUUGGUGUCGCAGAAGUUUUUCAUGAACAUUUUUUUGGUCAUCUUUAUUUUCAAUGUGGCCCAAUGCGUGGUCCAUUUUGUCUAAAUGGUGAGCAAAUCGGGGCGUCUCUCUCGGGAUCAUUAUAUCUCUAUCGGUCCCUUUUACGACAACAAUCGGAAGGACCCUAUUGAACAACUUCGCAAAUACAAGGAGCAGCGCAGCUACCUGGAGGUAUAGACAUUACAAAGACAAAAUGCAUUUUGGUCCAUGCAAGGGUUUUUGGUUUGCUGAUUCAUAUGUUGUAGUUUUAGGUUAUUGCACUUUGGCUACAUAGUAUUGUCAAAGUAAUGCGAACAAGUCCAGGUGUAAGCUUUUAAUUGGGCUAUAUAUCUUCAUGCUCUUCAAUUUUUUUGAGCAAUUUCUCUUGAAUGUACUUCAAUGGGUACAUCUGAUUAUCAUGUAUUUAAGGGGCUUUGAUUGUGAAAAAGGAGAAAUGGGGAUGAUAUGAAUAUUUCUCUA